GAGAAUUCUGACCAACUUUCUUCUUUCCAAGCUGACUCGAGUCGAACGCUGAAUCGUUGCACAAUGACGAGACAACCCCGAUUCGUGUUUGAACAAGGUGCUGACAAUGCACCUUACCUGCAACGGUUCGGCUGCCCAGCACAUCACCCGUGGAUCUCGUCCUUCGUUCGGCCCGUCCGGGUUCGACAGUUCGACAGGCUUCGAUUCGGAACUUGCCUGGGCCGGGUCCCCAAAUCGGGGUUUUCCUUCCCUUGACCCCUGUGAGGCCCUUGCAUCGCCAGUUGAUUGCCGGGCAAUCCCCCGGACGGCAGCCCAUCGGGCCCACGGCCGUCGUCGAUGCGGAGUUGGCGCGUUGUCGGUGCGCUGUCCCAAUCGGACGACAAAAUGUCACAUUCUGCCUGAAGCGCCAAUGAAUUGGCCGCGAGGCUUGCCCUUUUCUGCCAGGGCGCUGCCAAGUUGUUGGCAAUAUGAGGCCGGAUUUCACAACAGCAUAGCCACCACCGCAGCUCGGCUCGAGCAAAUGAUCGCCCGAGCGACUAGGCAACACGACGUUCCGUUCGGACGAAAUCCCUUGUUUAAGACUCCUUUCCAACGCCGCCGUCGACGUUGCAAGGCAAGGGAUUUCGGGCCCCCCUUUCUUUGUUGGCGAACGACAAACUCGAGAGAAAAGCCUGGAUCUCGCCCUGAUAGUAGUGUAUACAACCUGUUUUGUUGAAAGGGAUGCCGUAAGAGUGGGCAGCGACGUCCCUGCUUCUACUUGGCAUUGGUGUUUUCCCGGUUUUACAUCAAAGCCGUGGUUAAUGUUCUACGCGAGGGCUAUGAAGUAAUCUGUGGUGAAAAGGGUGCUCGGGGCGUAUGCGACGGGGAAGCAUCCUUCGUCAAAAGUCCACACGGUAGGUACAUAUAAAGACACAACGCCACGGGUCCAUCCCAGAGGCUGCUGGCGGCUUAUGCCUCACGCGUUCGAUCGUGCU